GAUAUUAAUGGUUCCCUUGUUCUGUCUCACUGAAGGGUCAAAUCGUUUUUCGGAUCCUGAUUUUAAGGCUGUUAAUUUCGCAGAGGCGAUAAAAGAUCGAAAACUGAAUGGAAGCAUCUUUAAGGACUUUGAAGUGACGUCUGAAAUCUCUUGUCAGUUUGAAUGCAUUUCUGAAGACCGAUGUUUGUCAUACAACUUCCUUCCUAUCCUGGGAAAGUCCACAAGCAAAUGCCAACUUAGUGACUCUGACCGAUUUAUUGGUCGGGAAAAUUUUACCAAAGAAGAUGGAGUGCUUUACAGAGGAAUACAGGGCAUCUGCGAGGAAGAGUAUCCCUGCAAAGACAAUGAAAUAUGUGUAGCUGACUACAGAGCAGAUACUCAUUUCUGCAAGUGCGUCACUGGCUGUCCCAAGAACUGUUACGACUACCAUCAAAAUGGUUCCACAACUGACGGCGUGUACUGGAUUUACCCUGAUGAAGAAGAACCCUUUCAAGUGCUGUGUGACAUGACAACUAAUGGCGGAGGAUGGACCGUCUUUCAGAGACGCAUGGAUGGCUCUGUAGACUUUUAUGUUGACUGGGAAUCAUACAAAAAUGGCUUUGGAAAUCUGAAGGGCGAGUUUUGGCUUGGGAAUGAUUAUCUUCACCGUCUGACUACAUCUGCAAACAUGUUGUUCCGUAUUGAUAUGGAAGAUUACGAAGGUGACCGAAGAUUUGCCAAGUAUACCACUUUCUCUGUAGCCGGUGAAAGCGAUAAUUAUCGCGUGACGAUCGACGGAUACAGAGGCACCGCAGGUGACUCACUGCUAUCUAAGAUCAAGCCCAUCAAAAAUAUGCAGUUCACUACCAAAGACAGAGAUAACGACGUCAAUAGUAAUGCAAAUUGUGCAGUGAACAAUAAAGGUGGCUGGUGGUAUAAUGGCUGCCAUAACGCUAAUCCCAAUGGCAUGUUUCCAGGCGGAUCUUCUGGACAAGGAGUUACUUGGCAAACAUUUCGAGGACAAGAAUACUCGUUAAAACGAACAGAAAUUAAACUAAGACCAAAAUUUAAUUGAAAUUUUAUCUGGGAAAGUUGUGUCUCACCAGCCUCUAGCAAACUAAGUACCGUAGCUUCUAAGAGCCACAAAUAUAUCAGACGUUACGAGAACAAUGAAUUUUGAUUGAAUUCCAGCGCGAAACAGUUGGAAAAGAAUCUAGCAUUUAUGUAAAGUGCUGAAUAUUAUAUUAAGAUGCACAAACAUAUAUAUUGGCACUUUGAUAUUGGAACAUUUCUCAUUCCACCCAAGUCUUCUACAAUUAAGUAUGUAAAAAGCUUGUUUUACCUCAAUCGGUUAUCAUAGAGUACCUAUAGCCAGGAUCCUCUGAAAGCCGUUACUGGAUCAAAUAAUAUAACAGUAAGUGGUAGGCCUUGAGUGUUUAUCUAGCAACUAUAUUAUAUACUAUAUAUUAUAUAUCAUAUACAUAUAUAUAUAUAUAUAUUAUAUAUUAUGUUUAUAUAUAUUAUGUUUUGAAAGAGAUCUGAAGCCCAUAAUUAUUGUAAAAGGAUCACCAAGGCCAACAACAUAAACCUCUCGAAGUUCCGCACAGUCUUGGCACAGAUAUCGUUUUCAUAUUUGAUGUGGAGGAAACAUUAAGUAUGGAACUUCUAGCUAGCCGAAAUGUGUAGCCUUUUCAAACGCAGCGACUUUUUAGCACAACACGAGGAAUCAUCAUUUAGAAAGUUUUCUAGUAGAAGUCAGUCUCUUUUUCAGUGUUUUCUCUAGAAGUUGACAUCUUGUUUAUGAUAGUUCCUUCUUUUUUAAGGAUAUAAUAAAGUCAUUUUUCUUCAUGAUCUUUUUUAAACGUUGUUGUCGUUAGGGCGGUGGGGAGAUCCCCAUUGGCAGUCCUUAUAAAUAUAUGGUAUAUUGUACGUCUUUAACACAGCAGAUUGGCGAACUACACGACACA